CUUCUCUCUUGUGUACCUACUUCCUCUCUGGCUGCUCGGUUCACAUGACGCAGAAGUGCCUGGUCAACCCUCCAAUACAAAUAAAGACACAGCUAUUUAAAAGUCAGGACUUGUGACACUGCCUACACUCACUACCAGUGGGAAGACUGCCUACACUCACUACCAGUGGGAAGACUGCCUACACUCACUACCAGUGGGAAGACUGCCUACACUCACUACCAGUGGGAAGACUGCCUACACUCACUACCAGUGGGGAGACCUAGGGAAGGAUAUGGAGAUCAAAGAUUCACCUGUGAAGGGAGGUAUCUCUAUACUUCACACAGAGGAGAAUGGGAAACACCACUAUGAAGUGGAGAAGGUCCUCAAAUUCAAGAAAGAAGGACAAGGAGGAGGAGCCUUCGCCAGGAAAGGAGACAAGCUCCUGAUGAUAAAUGGAGUGAACCUACAAGACCUAUCCCCAAAGGCCUUCGUCAAGAUUCUGACAGAAGGAAACCCAAUGUUGACUGUCCACCAAGCCAGCAGGGCUCCUCACCCAGAGAGAUGCCCAGAGGAGGGGCCCGGUGCAGGGGCUGGGGCCGGGGCUCUCCACCCGGUCUCCAAGGAGAGCACCAUGCUCAGCUUCAGCCUGGAGAUGAAACGAGAGGAUGACCUGGGUGAUCUGGAGAGUGACUCCUAUCGCCCCAAGGAAGACCUCCCAGAAGAGGAAGUCAACGAAGUCGAUGGUGAGGUUGACGAUCUGUUCCUGGUGGCUAUGACGAACACCAGAAUCUCUGUGGUGAGGGGGCGUGGCUGCAGCGCCGGGAGCUCUUGUCACAACUGCGGCAAGUCGGAUUGUAACUUCAACGAGGUUGUCAUGGUCGCAGAGUCCAGCAAAGUCACACUGGUGUCACGAGGAAUGGGCAACUUGGAAAACGUAAAACAGUUGGACAACAUCUUUAUUGAAAACUAUUUCUAUCACACAUACCUUCGGCGUAAACCUACACGUAGGAUGCAGAGUAUUCCUAGUUUGUCAACAACUCCAGAGAAGAUCACCAUCUAUCAUUACAAGUCUGACUGUGUGGACGGAGAGUUUCGGGGGGUCCCUGUGGUCCUCAACUUCACCAGCUCUAACUGUUUCCUGAAGUGUGUUAAGGACGGAGAGAGAGUCUCUCUCUGUGUUGAGGCUUGUGACAAACAUAGACUGAAAAGCAUCAGGAAGGAUGAUGAGGAGAUCCAGCCGUUUGUCUUCCACAUGAAGGCUGAAAUGAGCAGACAGCGUCGGUUUGAGUCCGCCUACUGCCAGGGCUGGUUCAUCCACACUUCUAACGAGACCAAAGUAGAUUUGGGGAAACCCCAGGGGAUGACAGGGGACCAGUCAUUCUUCUUUGUCAUCCAUACAUGAUGGAGAGGGUUUGUUGUUUCUGCGUGUUAUGUUACUCUAUGUAGUUUCUAUAGUUUUUUUUAUAUACCAUCAUUUUAUACCGUCAUUGUUUUGAAGUGGUCUGUCCUAUAUCUACGAGAUAUAAGAAAGCUCAGGAAAUAUCUUUGUUUUUUUGGACAC